UCGAACACGGGCGCGAUCAGUUUAGCUUUGAAACUCGAGUGCUGUCUAGUGUCGAAAGUAUUGCCGUGAAUCCCCGAAUCGAUUGGGAACUAUCCCAUAGCAAAUAAUCGAAUCCGUGCAACAUUUGUGAUUGUAUUGAAAUACAAAUCGAUUGCAGGAAGAAUUGCUGUACGUCUCGUGUUCUCCUCCAAUGGAACCAUUGCUCUUCAGCAACGGGGGACGAUAACUUAGCAAAACCCGGCAGAACCUGCGAUUGGAGCCUGGAAUCGUAACGGUGGACAAAAUGGAUACCGUCUAUGGGACAAAGAAAUACUUCCAGAGUUUAUCCGGCGUGAGUGAUAUCUACAGAACGCAGACAUGUCGGCAAAUGAGCGCGGACUACACGUACCAGAACACAGUUGGCCGGAGGUCGCAACUGGGGGCCUAUUACCACAUGAACAAGCAGCCCUCGUACACGAAUGAGCACAGUCUGAACAGUCAGUAUGGCUACAACACGUGGGGCAUUUGGAGGGACGGAAGGAACAUCGCCCCGUCGACCUUCUCGGCCAAGACACACACCCAGUACCCCAAGAACAGAUCCUUCAGCAUUAUCCUGACCACGGCAGCAUUCAUAGUCCUGCUGGCAGUCAUCUCCAUCGCUGGAUUGGCCUUCUACUUUAGUUCCAUAAAGACCACGCUGGAGGAUCCUGUUAUGGGCUUUGAGGGCUCCUUCCGCAUUGCCAAGGGAGAUCUUUUCUCCACGGGUCUGAAGUACAACCAUACCACAACCUACAAGCAGAAGAUUGAUUUCUAUAAGAGAUUUGUGGAGCGAUCCAUGAUGGAUAAUGGAUUGCAGCCGCUGAGAACCGACGUCUGGGGCUUUGGGGAUGGACCACUGAUUAAGGUCUCGUUUCGGGUAUUUUUGGAUGUCCGUAAACUGCCACAAAACAUUCUGAGCGUAGAAGAGUACAUAAAAGAGUCGCUUUUCCUGGAAACCUCGGCCGCAAAGUCUCUGUAUCGCUCAUUGCGUUUGGACACGGAAUCUUUGGAGAUAAAGCGCAUAAUGGAUGAGCAGGUGGUGCGAUCUGCAGCAAUUUUAAAAGAAGCCCAAACGGUGCCCACUAGUCAGACCCAGUUGGAAAAGCGACUCAUGAAGAAGGGCAGUACACCGGCACCGGCUCCAGUGCAUCCGAAACCUCUGGGAGGCAAUACCACACCCAAGCCGAAGAAUCCUCUGCUGCGAAGCCAUUCCGCCGACGAGGAGCCCGAUAUCGAUGUGGAGAAUGCUCCGGUUAUUCAGGGCUCUUUCGAGGGUUCCUUCGAGAUCACCAAAACGGAUGCGGACAUUGCACGCAAGAAGACACCGCCCACCAGAGCCUACCAAGCUAGCAGUAGUACUUUACCACCCAAGUCGAUUGCCGUUACACCCUUUUCCUUGAGGGUGAAGCCCAAGAAACCGGGCAUCGAGAAGCUAACUACUGUGCUGCCGCAACAGGUGCCCACGGGAAGUGCUUUCAGCACCACCAGGGCAACCACCAAGGCCACCAAGCCAAGUACUACUACGACCAAGAGAACCACGACCACGUCCACUACCAGGAAAACGACCACAACAACUACGCCUAAGCCUACAACGACUACCACAACUACGGAGGCAACGACAACCACCACCACUUCAACGACUACAACACCACCACCACCACCACCACCACCACCACCUAGCACCACUAGAGCCACCACCACGACCACGACCACUUUCACCUACCCAUCCGUGGGCACUCCAGCUCCAAGUCAAGCGGGUUCCCUGCCCAAAUUGGAUGCGAAUCUGUUUACCACCUUCCCCAUUCUGGACACACAACCUUGGAGGCCGAUGCAUCGAGAGGUUCCGGAACUGCUGCCUGGUCCACCACCCGCGUUUCCCACCAAAACUCUACCAGGAGGCACCACACCCACUGUAAAUCAUAUACCACAGCGGAGAAUCGAUGAAUUUGAACUGCCCUUCAUUGGAGAUAAUCCCACGCCUCCGACAGCAGCUGUGGCUCCAGUGACCAUUGAUCCCUACAGUCUUGGCUUCCUCAAUCCGGGAUUGAGGGUCCAGGAGCCGAAACCCAAUCUGGCACAGCAGCCACAGGAUCAGGACAUGCUCUUCUACCACAACUUUGGCAGUCCAAUCUUCAUGCCGGGUACUGAGAACAUUGAGCGUUUGGGAGGAGCACUUGUGGAGCCUCAUCCUCUGCCAGUUCCCCUCAUCGACGAUGUAAUUAUUCCCCCCUUUAAACCCAUUGAUGCUUCGAUGGGUACGGGUGAAAAGGUGCCCUUUAACUUGGACGCCAGCAAUGAGAGAUUCGAGCAUUUGGGCGGAGGAGUCAUUGCCAAGAAACCGCAUGAGAAACUGGAGAAAAAGAAGCAGCCCCAAGUCGAUGCAAAGGAACAGCAGAUGAAAUUGGCACAGGAAGUGAAUCAAACACUGCUGGAGAAAAAGGAUGCUCAUGAAAAGAAAACAGAUCUACUUGAGAUUACUACAAAAAAAGAAAUUAAGCAAACAAAAGUGGAUGUCACCACACCAACCCCAAAGAUUCCAACGAACAAUCCGCCCAAGCCAACCAAAACACCAUCAUUACCUUCUCUAAAACCAACGGAUAACUCGGUAUUGGCCGAUACCAUAGGAGAGUUCUUCAUGGAGCUACUUAACCUACCGAAAGAAGAUAAUCCUACUGCAAUUAAAAAACCCACAGAAGAUGCAAUUGAAUCCCGGAUUGAACCUGAGGAAGAGGAGACCCCGAAGGCCCCCGCCACAAGCCACUCAAAACCGAACUUUUUGAACCUCAAGGAGAUCAUUCUCCAAAGGAAUACACCUUCAUCGAUUUUAUCUAACGAAACUUUAGAGGAGGAUUCCACGUCAACGACAACACCAACCACUACAUCAACUACAACAACGGAGGAACCGAGAACCACCAAGAGAAAUCGCAUUCGCACUACUACUGAAAAACCCACAAUGAUGGACGACUCCAACUUGUUUCCCUCCCAUUCAAAGUGGGAGUUUGUGAAUAGUUCCUCAUCGAAUGGAUUUGGUCAUAAUUCAAACAUGAGAAAGGUCUUUAAUCAAACUCUGCAAGCUUGGGUGUCGGAGGAUAUUGACAAGUCAGAGAAUCUAACUCUAAAUGAUAUCAAGACAAGGAUCAAUAAUGCUAGUAAUAUUCAGGAUAUUUCCCUCAUCUUUGAUACACUUGCUUCCAAGUUGGGCAUUACCCCAAGUGUGCCCAACAAAUUUCCGCCUUUUUCGCAAAAUAAACUCAAACAUGCCCCGAAGGAGGAAGUUAGGAGACCCAUACCCACAUCCACUACCACGGAUCUGCCACUAGUUGUACCGGAAACUCUAAAUCCCGUGGAGAGGGAGCCUUUUAUCAAGCCCAUGUCCAGUUUUCUGGAAGAUGGCUCUUCAGAAGUUAUAGGGGCAGCUAUUCCCGUGAUCGGUGAGGCGGAGGUGGAAGUCGUGGACCCACUGAACUACGAAGAGAUGCUCAAGAUCUCACAGUUCGCUGCCAGCACCACGGAGCCCAGUGUCCACCAACUGGUGACACUGCUUCCGGUGAGAUCCAAUUCCGGAAUUCGAACAUACAGACCACCAAGCGAAGCUGAGGAAACGCAGAGGAGUGCGAGUGGUGCUGUUCCUCUGGCAGCUCCUGUUGUUCCUGCCGUCGCUCCUGCUCCUCCUUCUUCUCCAGGAAAGAUUAGCAUACGGCGCAAGAGUAACCUCAACCAGAGCCGGAGAUUCGGGCAACCUCCUGCAGAGGCGGUGGUCAAGGGCGGCAUCCAGGUGACGGUCAAAAAGUGAUUACAGAGUCGGCCAAAUAGCUUCACCAUGAGAUUAGCGGAGAUGCGACCAGUUCUAAAUUAAAACCCCCCUAUGAUUUAGCCUAGACCCUUUAUGCAUGUUAGCUCUAAGUAGGGAAUAUAACUUUAGUUAGGUCGAUCGUGAAGAAUAACGAAAUCUUGUUCGAAAAUUGUUCGCCCAGCCACUUGGGAACAAUUUUGGAAUGACAUACUCGGUGGUUUCUGCGACCGCCAGUCCUCAGUAUUUAAGACAAACCACAUCACUUUCAUUGCCUAAGUUUCGCAUAUUAAGUAUACGAUCCUACGUUUUUCGAAUAUUUUUUUCAGUUCAUUGCAAUUCUAGCGAUAAUGUUAGCUAUGAAGCGAAGUAGUUAUGUAAUCUUAAGCUUAAUCUUUGAAUAAAUGUGAAUAAUUUAUUAU